AUGCCUUCUCACUCGACAACAACUACCAAAAAGCAGCAAAGUCCUCGUAAACGUCUACAACAAAAUCAACAAAUAAUUCCUUCACAACAAAUUAAAAGGCCAAAAAUAUUUUUAAUUGAAGAAGAAGAAGAAAAAAAGAAAAAAUCUUCGUCAACCUCUUUGUGGGUAGAUAAAUAUAAGCCAAAAACAAUUAAACAAUUAAUUGGACAACAAACAGACAAGUCCCCAACAAAUAAAUUACUUGAAUGGCUUAAAAAUUGGGCUAAAUUUCAUUUAAUUCAAGGAGAGAAAAAGAAAGCUGUUAAAAAACCUUUUGGUCCACAAGCUGACGGUUCUAUUUUUAAAGCUGCACUACUUUCUGGACCGCCAGGAAUUGGGAAAACAACAGCCGCUGAGUUAUGUUGUAAAGAAUUGGGAUUAUCUUUUGUUAUAAUGAAUGCUUCUGAUGUCCGAAACAAGGCAGCAAUUGAAAAGCGUUCUGAACAACUUGUCUGUAACCAAAUGGAACAAUAUUGCAGCAAAGACAGAGGUUUUAGAGCUUUUUUUAAUUUAAAAAUACAUAACUUUCACUUUAUAAUUUUUUUGGGAAAAAUUUUUAUUGUUAACAAUUAA